GUUAUUAAAGUAAGACUUAUCUGGUAGGAUUACGCAGCGGAGAUUUAGAUUACUCAGCAGAUUCAUGAAUAAAAUAUACUCACGGUGCUCAUCUGACACUGGUUGCGAAAGUGGCAGACAUUGAAGAUGAUGCUGAUGCUGAGAAAUUGAAUGACUGUGGGGUACCCCACUUAUAUUUCCAACGCUAUUUUCAUAUAAAAUAGAUCACGGGUACACAAAUAAAACCACCAUCACCAUCACCAUCACCAUCACCAUGACUAAACUAAUAAUAAUCAUGGGAGUCACCGGUAACCAAGGACAUUCCGUCGCCCAAAAAUUCCUCCAAGACCCCAACUACAAAGUCCGCGGCCUAACUCGAAACCCUUCUUCUGCCACAUCACAAUCACUCUCCGCUCAAGGCGUCGAAAUCAUUAAAGCGGAUCUAGACGACGUAACAUCACUAAUCUCCGCUUUUCAAGGCGCAAACCUCAUAUUCAGCGUGACAAACUACUGGGAACCAUUUUUCCGACCCGACAGUCGACAACAGGCUCAGGAGCGUGGAAUCUCGUGUCGAAAAUAUGCCUAUCAAGUUGAGUAUCAACAGGGGAAGAAUAUAGCCGAUGCGGCUGCUCAUCCGAGUGUGAUUUCUGGACUUGAUGCCAAUGGAUUUGUUGCGAGUACGUUGAGUCAUGCGGGGAAAAGUAGUGGUGGGAAAUUUACGGAGGUGUAUCAUCAUGAUGCGAAGGCUGAUGUGUUUCCUUAUUAUGUGAGGGAGAGGUAUGGAGAGGAGGGGGGAUUGGCGGGGAAGAUGAGUUGUGUUAUGACGGGGUAUUUUACAAGUAGUUAUAAAUUGGCUAUGAAAAGUUAUUUGGGAAAGGUUUGUUUCUUCUUUCGUUCAUUCAUUUAGAUAUUAGGGUUAUGGGAUUUUCAAGAUUACUUCGUUUUGAUAUCUUAAUCGUCUAUAUUAGGUAACAUGGAGAGGAAAACCCAUCAGCUAAUCCGAAUGAUAUCAAGCGACUCGAUGGGAGCUUUCAAAUGAGUUUCCCCACGAACCCGGAUAAAGCAGUUCCUCAUCUUUCCGUAAACUCCGACCUCGGUUCCUUCAUCUACGCCGUCUCUCAGCUUUCGCCUGGUAGGAGUUACAUGGCAUGCGGUAGCAAUUGUUCCUGGAGCGAAUACAUUCGUUUAUGGAGCGAAAUCACCGGAAAACCUGCUAGGUAUAAGCAGUGUACGGAAGAAGAUUUCGUCGGUAGAGAGGAAGAUAGGGAUUUCGGGGAGGAAUUGUAUGCUAUGUUUGCUUAUUCUAGCGAUCCGGGAUAUGAUGGAGGUGAUAAGAGUUUGUGGAUGAGGGAGGAUAUUGAGAAGGUAUGUUGAACUUUUUGCGUUGGUGGAAAUAGGGAGAUGGAGCUGAUUAAAAUUCUGUAGGCUGGGGUUGAAUGCCCCAUGACGAGUUUGGAGGAGUGGAUGAGGAAAGAGGAUUGGACUGCUGUGUUUGAGCAGUAGAGAGUCCAGGGUACAUCUGGUUAUUCCCAGUAAGGAGAGACUGAAUGGGAAGUUAAUGUCA